ACGGUUUGCACAUACAUGCCGUGAAGCUUCGAGAUUUCCCCAGCUAUACCUUAGCUUGCUUAAAACCUCAAUCCGGCCAAAGCUAGCCAACCACACGUCCACGCCCGUAUUGUGUGUGGACGACAGUAUGUAACACACUGCAAGUCUGCAACUGUUCUAUCUAUCGAUCUACUAGUAGCUAGCGGCUGGCCAACCAAUAAAAAAAAACUAGCAGACUUUGUACAUUGUUGUUGUCGUUGAUAGAUGAGAUGCUGCCAUGACGACAUGCAAGUGCAACCGGUGGUAGAGAUGAUGCGUGGCCUCCACACGCCCAUCGAUUCACGGAUGGAUGGAUGGCUCCGCGCGACGAUGGGCAUCGUGUGAUCCUCGCCGCCCCGGCGAUCCCGCCGGAGAUAAGCCGCCCACUCGCCGCACGCCGCGUGGCACCCCACCCCCUCCCGCUAGCGAUAAAUCAUCGGUGGCCACACGCGCCCCCUCCAUUGCAGCACUCAUCUCCUUCAUUAAUUCCCAGCUAGUAGGUGUGCACGCCAUUGCCGCGCGAACUCUUCCCUCCUAGCAGCUACCUAGCUAGCUAGCUUUAUUUCAGCAGCUGCUGCUGCAGCUCUAGCUAACAAUAAUUAAGCAGCAAUGGCCACCGCCCUCAGCAGCCUCCGCGCGCCGGCCAGCAGCUUCUCCUCCGGCGUGCGCGCCGCCCCGGCGCCCGGCGUCGUCGCCAUGCCCGCCGCCAAGCAGGUUGUUGCCCGCGGCGCCAGGCUGCGCGCGCAGGCCACCUACAACGUGAAGCUGAUCACGCCCGACGGCGAGGUGGAGCUGCAGGUGCCCGACGACGUGUACAUCCUGGACCAGGCCGAGGAGGAGGGGAUCGACCUGCCCUUCUCCUGCCGCGCGGGGUCCUGCUCCUCCUGCGCCGGCAAGGUCGUCUCCGGCUCCGUCGACCAGUCCGACCAGAGCUUCCUCGACGACGACCAGGUCGCCAGCGGCUGGGUGCUCACCUGCCACGCCUACCCCGCCUCCGACGUCGUCAUCGAGACGCACAAGGAGGAGGAGCUCACCGCUUAAGCUCCAUCAUCACAUCAUCAUCAUAUCCCAUGCAUAAAAUUAAAGCUGCUAGCUGCCUUGCAAGAGAUCUAUCGAUCGAUGUAAUCGAGUUGACGAGAAUCCGAUCCGCCGGACAAAUUUCUUUUCCUAGCUUAAUUGUAUCAUCCAUCAUGCAUGUCGAUCAAUGUCACCAUGAGACCAAGCAAGCUAAGCAUCGGCAGCAGGGCCAUCUGUUACCGUACAUGCUUGGUGUCUGCUGUAUCAUUCAUUUUUACUGCAUACGGAUGCAUGAUCCACUUCUCAUCAAAGUAAUUAAUUAAUAAUGUUUUACCUCUUUUUUUUUGUACCUUCAUCAAUACAUAUAUUAUGGAACUGCAAGCAUUGAAGCUUAAGCUUGAUCCAA